AUGGUCGUCCUCCUUAUCCUUCUCUUGCUUAAUUCCAUCUCCGAUUUGGCACACGCCAACGACGCCGAGCUCCGAGCUCUCUUGACCAUCAAGAAAGAUUGGGGCAACCCUGCUGCCCUCAGAUCAUGGAAGAACAGCAGUGCCUCUGCUUCGUCCACUCACUGCCAAUGGGCUGGGGUUGCAUGCAGCAACGGCCAAGUAACCGCCCUCUCCUUCCAAAACUUCAACAUAAGCCGUCCAAUCCCAGUGUCCAUUUGCAGCCUCAAGAACCUGACGUACAUGGACCUCUCCUACAACAAUCUCACCGGCGAGUUCCCGGCGGCUGCACUCUAUCGCUGCUCGGCUCUGCGGUUCCUUGACCUGUCCAACAAUCACUUCUCCGGUGCCCUCCCAGCUGACAUCGACAAAAAACUGUCGUCGUCGGCGAUGGAGCACCUCAACCUGUCAAGCAACGGUUUCAGCGGCAGUGUGCCGUUGGCGAUCGCCGGGUUCCCGAAGCUCAAGUCGUUGGUCCUCGACACUAAUAGCUUCAAUGGGAGCUACCCGGGUGCCGCCAUCGGCAACCUCACGCAGCUCGAGACGCUAACCCUGGCAAGUAACCCCUUCACGCCAGGCCCCAUCCCUGACGAGUUUGGCAAGUUGAAGAAGCUGAAGAUGCUGUGGAUGUCAGGGAUGAACCUGACUGGUGGCAUCCCUGGCAAACUGUCGUCGCUCACUGAGCUGACGCUGUUGGCCUUGUACGACAAUAAUCUUGAAGGUGAAAUCCCGCCGUGGGUUUGGAAGCUUCAGAAGCUUGAGAUCCUGUACCUUUACGAUAACAGCUUCACCGGUGCAAUUGGGCCAGAUAUCACCGCCGUGAGCCUGCAAGAGAUCGACCUGUCCACGAACUGGCUCACCGAGCACAUACCGGAGAGCAUCGGCAGUUUGAAGAACUUGUCGUUGCUCUACCUGUACUUCAACAACCUCACCGGGCCGAUCCCCUCGAGCGUCGGGCGGCUCCCGAACCUCGCGGACAUCCGGCUGUUCAGCAACAGGCUCUCCGGCCCCCUCCCGCCGGAGCUCGGGAAGCACUCGCCGCUGGGUAACCUUGAAGUGAGCAACAACUUCCUCUCCGGCGAGCUCCCGGACACACUCUGCUUCAACAAGAACCUCUACGACAUCGUGGUGUUCAACAAUAGUUUCUCCGGCGUGUUCCCGGCGAUCCUCGGGGACUGCGACACGGUUAACAACAUCAUGGCGUACAACAACCACUUCACCGGAGAGUUCCCGGGGACAGUAUGGUCGGCGUUCCCCAAUCUGACCACCGUCAUGAUACAGAACAAUAACUUCACUGGAGUCCUACCAGCAGAGGUGUCAUCUAAGAUCACGCUGAUUGAGAUUGGAAACAAUAGAUUCUCUGGCGCCAUACCAACAUCUGCCACUGGCUUGAAAAACUUCGUGGCGGAGAACAAUUGGUUCUCCCGUGGGCUCCCGGAGGACAUGACCAAGCUUGCCAACCUUACAGAGCUGUCUCUUGCCGGGAACCAGAUUGGCGGAUCCAUACCAGUGUCCAUCAGAGCCCUUGAGAUGCUUAAUUACCUCAAUCUCAGCGGCAACCAGAUAACGGGAGCGAUCCCGGCAGCCGCCAUUGGAUUGCUCCCGGUACUCACCAUCCUUGACCUCUCAAACAACAAGCUCGACGGCGAAAUACCAGAGGACUUCAACAAUCUCCACCUCAGUUACCUGAAUCUCUCGUCCAAUCAGCUCGUCGGAGAGGUGCCAGCCGCACUACAGAGUCCAGUGUUCGACGCCGCCUUCUUUGACAACCCUCGCUUGUGCGCCAGACAGGACUCCGGCAUGCUCCUCCGGAUAUGCCCCCAUGGAGGAGGUCAUAGUUCCGCCAGAAUGAUCAUCAUCCUAACCGCAACAAUUUCCAGCAUUUCUGCCAUCAGCUUCGUUGCUGUCAUGGGAUGGUUUGUCCUCCGGCGCAAGAAUAACUCGAGGGCUGUGACGUCGUGGAAGAUGAUACCGUUCGGUACCCUGAAUUUUGGCGCGCAAGACAUAAUCAGCAACAUCAGCGAGGAGAAUCUGAUCGGCAGAGGUGGGUCAGGAAAGGUGUACCGCAUCCAUCUCGGCAGCAGCCACAAGGCAAGAGGACACCACGGUGGCGACGGCGGGGCCGGUCACUCGACGACGACGACGGUGGCCGUGAAGAAGAUCGGGAACGACGACGGGAAGCCCGGCGCGAACGACGACAAGGAGUUUGAGGCGGAGGCGAGGUCACUGGGCGGUCUCCUCCACGGCAACAUCGUCAGGCUGCUCUGCUGCAUAUCCGGCGGCGACACGAACACGAAGCUGCUCGUGUACGAGUACAUGGAGAACGGGAGCCUGGACCGCUGGCUGCACCGCCGCCGCGGCGGCAAGCGCGCGGCGGCGUCGGGCUCGCUGGACUGGCCGACGAGGCUGAGCGUCGCCAUCGACGUCGCGAGAGGCCUCAGCUACAUGCACCACGGCUUCACGAGCCCCGUCAUCCAUCGCGACAUCAAGUGCAGCAACAUCUUGCUCGACCGUGGGUUCCGAGCCAAGAUCGCUGACUUUGGCCUUGCUCGAAUCCUUGCCAAGUCCGGCGAAUCGGAGCCGGUGUCGGCUGUCUGCGGAACGUUCGGUUAUAUUGCUCCAGAGUAUGUUAGCAGAGUGAAGGUGAGCGAGAAGGUGGACGUCUACAGCUUCGGGGUGGUGCUGCUGGAGCUGACGACAGGAAGGGGGCCACAGGACGGCGGCACGGAUUCCGGGAGCUGUCUAGCGAAGUGGGCGUCGAAGCGGUUCAAGAACGGCGACCCGUGCGCGGACUUGGUCGACGGUGAAAUUCAGGACCCGGCCAACCUGGACGACAGGGUGGCCGUGUUCGAGCUCGGGGUGAUUUGCACUGGCGAGGAUCCGUCCUCAAGGCCGCCCAUGAACGAGGUAUUCCAUCGGCUCCUCCAGUGUGGCCGGAAUCAGACGUCCAUUGACGACGACUCUGCUAAAGACGUGUGUGGCGUUCAUUCUUUGGAGUCCAUGGUUUAA